AAUCAGGAAACUGCUUUUAGGAAUCCUUUUUGUUUUGACUAAAUCCAUGUUGUUGGAAAUGGCAGAUAGAGCAGAGUAUAUGUACUUCACUUUUAUCAUAGUUGAUUUCUCAUUUUUCUUUUCAUACCUAAUUUCAUUUUCCUUUUACACCAGAGUUUUCUAUCCGUUGUGUCGAAUCCUUAAGCUAUUGGAGAUUCCCUAAAAAUGACAUAUAAAACUGUGUUUCUUCGUACCAGAGUUUAAUAAUGUCUGAAGUCUUGAUUCAAUAUAAGUACUGAAACAUGCCUUAAUUGUCACUGAAUCGUACUGUUCAUCCUAUCACAGUUCACACUAUCUCCUCAAGUUUCAAAAUUUUUUAUUUCUUUAUGGAGUUUUUAUCUUUCUACCAGAAAAUGGUUUUAUAAACCUGUGAAGUGAUGGCUCAUAUGUCAUAGUAGAACCCUCUUUAGGAUUAGGAUGGCUUCUUCUUCUUCUUCUCGCAAGAUAGGCCAUACCUUUGAGCCAACGAAACCCCAUUUUUUCAAGGUAGUUCUUGGUCAUGCUAUUCGUGAUAAGAAGAUUGAUAUUCCUAUGAGAUUUGCGAAAAAAUAUGGAAACUACUUGCCAAGUUCUGUAGUCCUUAAGGUUCCUAGUGGUGCAAAAUGGCAAGUACAGCUGAUCAAGAGUGAUGGUGUGAUUUGGUUAGGAUAUGGGUGGCAAGAUUUUUCCGAUUAUUAUGCCUUAACACUUGGCUCAUUUCUUAUUUUUGAAUAUGAUAAGAAAAAUUGCUAUUUCAAUGUUAUCAUAUUCGACAGAAGUGCUUCAGAAAUUGACUAUCCAUAUAUAGUCAAUGGUGACAAUGAGAGGAUUAAUAAUCUUGAAGAAGCUCAAAAUGAUUUCUCUGGUCAAAACUUGGAAGAUUUCUUGCCCAACCGGAAAGUAAAAGAGGAAUCACCAGAGAGGAUUAAUAAUCUCGACAGAAGUGCUUCAGAAAUUGACUAUCCAUAUAUAGUCAAUGGUAACAAUGAGAGGAUUAAUAAUCUUGAAGAAGCUCAAAAUGAUUUCUCUGGUCAAAACUUGGAAGAUUUCUUGCCCAACCGGAAAGUAAAAGAGGAAUCACCAGAGAAUCCCACAAGACCAAAGACUUGUAAAAAGAGGAAAUUAGAGAAUCCCACUAGAAAAUUUGAAGCAGAGAAAGGCCAUGGAUGCUAUUCUGGUAAAAACCAACUGUUGACAAAAAUUGAAAAGGCUAUUGUGCUUCAUAGAGCAAGAACUGCUUUCAAAUCUGAAAAUCCAUUUUUCAUGGUUGCCAUGAACCCUUCAUAUGUUCAAGCAGGGCGUAAAGUGCAUAUCUCAGCAAAGUUUGCUAGAAAAUACUUGAAAGAGGGUGGUGAUGCAACUGUAAAUGAUAUGGAUGGGAGGACUUGGUGUAUCAAUUACCAAAGAAGAGAGAAUGGAACUUCAGGUGGCCUAUUCUCUGGUGGGUGGAUAAAAUUCUCACGCGAUAAUCAUUUAGAAGUGGGUGAUGUCUGUGUGUUUGAACUGGUUAAUCCAGCAACCGAUAAAUUUAAAGUUGUCAUUUUUCGAUACAACAAAGACCCAAGUAGCAGCUAUCCAUCACCUGGUAAGAAAAGAAAAUUGAAACAUAAAGAAAAAGAGAGUGCAAACAGAUGCAAAAAAAGCAAAGGGCCUUCCAUUGAAGGUGAAAACAGAUGUACCUCAAGAAAUCCAUUAUUUAUAAAGGUGAUUCAGUCAUGCCAUUUGAUAAGGUCUCCCUUGCAUGUUCCGCUAGAGUUUAUGGAAGCACAUACUAAGCAAAUGAAAGAGAAUGUGACAUUGCAGGUGAAAAACAAAAGCUGGGCUGUGAAAUUGCUCAGCCAUGCAGAUAGAGGUUUUUUCUCUGCUGGUUGGUUUACAUUUGCAAGGGAAAAUUGUCUACAAGCUGGAGAUGUUUGCACCUUUGAGUUGAUUGACAGUAGAACUAUGGUGUUCAAAGUCCACAUUUCUAGAAAUUUUUAACUAAUCUGUUCUUCACAUUGCAAUCUUUUUUUUUUCUUUGGAGGGUUGUUUUUUGUAAUGUUGUGCUGCUUAAGACACAAUUGUAAUUACUAAAGGAAACUAAUGACUCAUUGCUGUCACUCUGUAUUUUAACUGCAUAUUUUGUAUUAA